AUGGACAUUCGCGAAGACAUUGGAGACGGCCGCGGCCUCAGCCUUGUAUCAUCUGAAGAGGAAAUACUGCAGGAUCGAAAGGUGGCUAUUUUCACGGAAUUUCAAGCGCAAAAGGAAACUGCUGAUGACUCAGCAAGGAUGUGGGAAAAGGCAAUGUAUGCCAAGUACACGGAGGGACAAGCCGGGGAAAUCAUGGACCGAGUCUUGGACUACAUGCGCAAGUCAGAGUUCCCCACUGAGCCCUUUCACAAUUGGACGGAGGAUUUAAUGGAAGAGGCAAAAACUGGAUGGCACAAAUUCAAGGUCUACCGUGAUAUGUUGGACAAGUCAAAAUAUGGAACAGAGAUACGGUGA